AUGGCACCUACCAUCAAGGUUGUUCCGUCCAGCAAGCUCUUUGUUUCUGAACCCAACCCUUCUUGGUUUGGAAAUAGUGCCAAUGAACCCAAUGAUCCGGAAUGGACCAAUGGCAACUGGCUCAAGAGUCGCUUCCACUACUCCUUUGCAGAGUAUCGCAACCCUGCCAACUCCAACUUUGGAGUGUUGCGUGUUAUGAAUGAUGACCUAGUCCAACCCCACCGGGGAUUUGGAGCACACCCACACAGGGAUAUGGACAUCAUCACAUACAUUGUCAAUGGUCAGUUGACACAUGAAGAUGACAUGGGUACCAAGGAAACCUUGGGUCGUGGCAGCAUCCAAUUCAUGACUGCUGGUAGGGGUGUGACCCAUUCUGAGUUCAACCAUGGAGACAAGCCCUUGAGGUUCAUCCAAACUUGGAUUGUUCCUUCCAACCGUGGACUGAAGCCUAACUAUGGAUCUUGUACUGGGGGUGCUGAAGCCCGCAAGAACCAGUUCCAGCACCUUGUGUCGGAUAAUAAGAAUGACAAGGUUGACACUCCCGUCAAGAUCUCCCAAGAUGUUGAUGCUCACGCUGCUGAACUUGACUUGGGACAGAAGAUUGUCCAUGACCUUCCUGAAGGACGUCAGGCUUACCUUCUCUGCUUGGAGGGUACAGUGAAAGUGAAUGGAAAGGAAUUGGAUAGACAUGAUGCCUGUGAGGUCCAUGGAGGCGGACGCAUUGAGAUCGAAGCAACUGGUGUGGAAGUCACCGAGAAUGGUCAUGUGGCCCAUGUACUCAUGUUUUCCAUGAAGGAGGUCCCAGGAAGUGGUCGCAAGGAUUUCUAA